AUGGCAUCUUCGACUCCGGCAUCGACAAUCCUGGACAACCUCCCACCGCGACCGCCGACGCCGCCUCGUGAUACGAAUCAUCGAGAAACAGAAACUGCCGACGCCUCUGCGUCCCUACGCAAUCGACCCUUGCCUUCUCCCGAGGCUGCUGUGCAGACGUUGCACACUCCGCCAAACGGCAACUCGCCUGCAACCCCGUCAUGCGCCCAUCUGACCGACGGAUCUGCAAGUCGACUGGGCAAAAGGGUCGUGUGGUCAGGGCGUACCGAGUACAGGGACCCUCCGGACUACAAAAAAGCAUUCGACAGCCUCGACAGAUCGUCUCCCGUCUCUCUGUCUUCGGCAGCCCGAUCGAAGCCGCUCAAGGGCAUCCUGAAGAUCACGGCGUCACCCGUCACCUUCGCUUCGCCACUCUCAUCCCAGCUCGAUGGUAAUACAGAAACCCAGAGCAUAGCCGAGAUGCUCGAAUCUACCGUCAAGCACUUGGCGGGCUCGGAGAGGGACUCUAAGCUGGAUGCGUACAUGAUGCUGGUUCGAGGGCUCAGGGGCUCCAGCAAUCUUCCAGACCGAGUGGCGUUACAGGCCAAGCUCGGCUUGCUGAUGCAAUUUAUCCAGCGCGACAUGCUUGCGAAACAAGAGGAUGGAUCCGCCGACUUCCAGCUCGUCAACCAGGCCCUGAAGACGUUGGCUACAUUCCUGCAGUUCGGAGAUGUGAAAUCGGCUGUCCCAAACGAGGCGGCUGCUUCCAUCAUGGACCAAGCCAUUCGAACCUUUGAAGAUCCUUCGACAUCGAAAGAGAGCACACGAAACUUCAUGCACAUUGUGCGCUGCCAGAACUUCUCGCCAAAGAUCAUGACGGCGGAGCGCGUCGCCAGGAUAGUCCUUGCGUUGCACAAGAUCGACGACCAUGUCAAGGGAAAAUCCAUCAUUAUGAGCCGGAUCAUGCUGUACCGAAGGCUCGUGUGGCAGUGCAGGAGCCACAUGGUGGCGGUCAGCAAUGGCUGGCUCAAGGACCUUUUUACGGACAUGCUAAGCACGAUCCAGGAAAUACAAUCGAAAGCAAUCGAGCUGGGAUUGGAGGUUGGGUAUCUCUACCGACAGGAAAGGAGGCUUGCCGCCGAGGUCAAAAACAUCCUCGACACCUCCAACGAACAACAGACAUAUAUGGAGUUUUACAUGGACAAGAUGCGGGCUAUGUUGGCGGACAAACAACGCUCGUACGCCGCUCCCCAGAUAUGGAGCGUCGUGACAUUGUUGGGUCGACGCUGUCCCCUCGACCAGUGGGAGCACUUUACGGCAUGGUUCACACUGAUACAGGGCGCCUUCAACACGUCUGACUUGCGGACAAAACAAGAGACCAACUACGCCUGGAACCGAUACGCUUGUCUGUCACUCAAGGAGACCAGCAAAGUAACACCACGACUACUAGAAGGCCUCGUAAAGCCUUUGACAAGCCAGUUGCGGCGUAAACUGAACGAAAAGUGCCCCGAAGACAGCAAGAAAUUGAGGCGGACAGUCAUCAGCGGUGCCUGCACAUUGUACUACUACCUGUUCUCCCCCGGUAGCGAACAGAAGAAGGAAACGCUCGUGGCGUGGGAUUCUGCUGUUCAGCCAGUCAUCGCGCAGCUUGUGACGGCCACAUAUCCCGACGAUCUUGCAACGGCGACACGGAUCCUCUUGCGCUUGGUGGACGUGUCGACGCCUAUCCUGUGGAAGCCGGAGCGCAUCCAAGCAACGGCCCCUGUAAGGCCAGACGAGCUGCCUUCGAUAGACCCAAAGUGGAUCAGAGCGCAUUCGGAUCGCAUAUUCAACGCCUUGGGUGGCAUCAUGCCGCAGUCGGUGCAAAAUCUCGCUGACCGCGACAGCCCGGCUUACAAACUCUGGAAAGCCAUGGUUCACGCUGUCGCUGCCGCGUCGGCCAAGGACAUCAAGGUAUCAGAUGAGACCGUUGCCUUUGUAGCGCGCUCGCUGGGUCUUCUCUCGACUAUCUGGAGCGCAGGCUGUGCAGAUGAGGAAUUGUUCACAACCAAGUUCUUGCCUGGCAUACGUAACUUCAUCACGGUCCUUGUGGACAAUCUGGGCCUCCUGCCCCUUACUGGGAAGAAGUUGUCUGUGUCAGCGGACAGCGCCAAUGUCUUCGAACCCAUCGCGACACCGUCACAUCGUCCGGCGAAGCUCCAAGGUGUGGUGGCCACACCUCUUCAGCAUCUCUUCAACAUGCUGUCCGUGGUACCGAUGGGCGGUCGUGACAACGACGACCUUGCCGCGUUCUUCAUUUCGACGUUCGAAAUGUUCUUAGCCGGACAGGCCGACAAGGCACGCAUCGACUUGGUCAGAGACCUCCAACGCCAAUCGCCCGCCAGCGCCUCGGCACCGUAUGCUGUGUGGAUGCUGGGUUCUCAGGCCGUUGCUUUGACCUUGUCAGGCGAUAUCAAGCUGGACAGCAAUGGCGACCGUUUUCUCGGGCCCGAGUUUCGAGAGAUUACCAACUUCCUCUGCAAUGGCCUCCUGUCCCAUCCCAACCUACCUUCUCAAGCCUGGAUGUCCAUCUUCAACAACUUCAGCCAGCGUGUGACAUCUGGCUUUGGAGAUGCUGGGCGUGCUAUAGUCAUCAUUGAACCACUGGCCAAGGUUCUUGUUGAUGUUGAUCAGGCCGUGGCCCUCCAUCAUGAGGCCAGCUGUGCCCUCAUUGAGUCUGCUAGGUUUCCUCGCGACCGACAGGCAAUUGACGCGGCGCGACGCAGAUUAUGGGGUGCUGAGCUUGUGCCCAGCAAGACGACGGACCCCUUUGAUCACCUGUACAGACUGGCUGAUCGUAAGCUGAUCACUUCCUACGAGGCGCUCAGGGAACAAGGAGGCUCGCAAUCAAGGGCAGUCACAAUGUUGAAAGCUACGAAACAAUUCAUUGCAGCCUCUUUCAGCUCGACAGGGUUUGCAUCAGCUUCUCGACUACAGCACGGAGUCUCCGUAUGGCUCUUGGACGAGAAACGACUAGUCAAGCACUCCAACGAUGACGAGCUUGCCAAUUCUCUUCUCGCCUUAUGGGCCGAUCUUUGCUCCGAGAUGGCCAAGGCUCGCCACUUGGAGAGGAGCCAAUUUCAGCAGCUGGACACUCUUCUCUCGGCCGCUUUCCAGAGCACGUCUCGCCCCGUGCAGAGCAAAGCAGCCGAGACCUGGAACGCCAUUGUCAGGGAGGAUGAAACGCCCGAAUGCUCCGAUAGUCUGAAGACGAUUGUAUCAUCCCUACAAUCCAAGGUUGACCUGCCACUAGCUGGUUCAGACCAGUCAGGGGGGUUUGGCGCUCAGAUGAGCUCAGACCCCGAACCUCAGCCGGGAUCCGCCGUCGGCCUACCAUCGACGGGACAGUCGUCGGGUGUCAGCUUGCGCUCGAAGCCCACGAUGACUGCCAAAGCACGAGAAUCGACCAUCAACAGCGCCAAGAAAAGACGUCUUGAUGCGACACCUGAGGCAAGCCCGGUCCGAGGGUCGAAGCGUCUUGCACGAUCAAGUCGUAACACGACUCCACGUCUGCGUCACGACAACUCGCAAAUCCAGUUCCAGCCCAUUGCUUCGUCGUCUCCCGAACAGGGAGAGUCACAGCACCUCACAGAAAGGCAGAAGGAAGUCCGGGAGCGGCAAAAGGAGAAUGUGUUCCUCGGCUCCGAUGCGCAGCUCGAAACCCCAGACAACGACCUGGAGGCAGCGACCGCUUUAGAAGAUGCCUUGUCGACACCAAAGGCCAAGGCCAACGGCGCGCUCGAGUCAACCCCGCAGAAGACGACGUACGAAGAGCACAUAAGCUCCACGCCGACACCUCGUCGCGGCCAGCUGAUCCCGAUGGACCUGGACAACGACCCGCCAUCCUCGCCCCCCGAGGUCAGGCCAUAUCCUCUGUUGUCGGAGAUGCACUCGCGCUCGAGUGCGAAGAGUGCACUAGAGGAGCAGUGGUCCUCGCCGGUGACAUCGCCUGUCCCCGAUCGACAACGCGUGCCUGCGGCGGUUGAGGUACCACACGUGAACUUGACCAACGACAGCACACAGCCGUCGACAGAGCCUCAGCCACAUGGCAGGCAAACACGCUCGACCAGGAAGCCUGACGUGUCUCAAGAAGAGGUCAUUCCAUCCAGUGUGUCGGACAUGGCAAGCCCAAGCCUCGCCCGUGUUACUCGCGCCAAGCGCACGAGGGGCUCGCGGGCGAACAAGGCGCAAGAACAGCCGCAGCUACUAGCCUCUGUUCCGCAGCGAGCGGCGACACCACCGCAAGCUGCCCAGUCGUCCCCCAAGUCGGGUGCAGAUGAUGUAUACGUGGACGCCAGGGCAAGCCCCGCUAUCUCACCACCCCCAGAGUUGCCGGUCAUGACGCAGGAGUCGAACGACACAUCCUUUGCCUUUAGCGAGACGGACGAUUCUCAAUUUAUGAGAUUUGCCGCGGAGAUGGAGUCUGGAGCGCCGGUUCGCCAUGCCCCUGCUCUGACCCGCGAGUCGUCCUCUUCGCUGUCCAGUGUACAAGCCGUGGAGGUGUCGGCCGAUAUUGUCAAGUCUACGCCAACAGAGCCUGUCGAGGUGGUGACGGCUGUGGUCAAGGCGGAAGAGGAGGCUGAGGAGGAGCCCCGUAGCCAAAGGAAAAGGGGCAAGAGAAAGUCAAGCGCAAGGAGUCAUGACACUCGCCAGAAGAGAAGACGGUCCGAAGAACCCGACGACAACGGUGCCGACGAAGCGCGUGAGAAUAAGGAUCUCGGUGCACAGUCAGUACGGGAAGUGGGUGAACAAGAUGCAGUGGAUGCGCCGGAGCCGGAGCCGGAGCCGGAGCCGGAGCAAAGACCCACCCGGGGUAAGGCUAAGCGCCGUGCCAAGGGGGCAGCCAAAUCCAGUGCGAGGAGAAGCGCACGUCGGAUGCAGGUGGAGGAAGAGACGCGCGAGUUGGGGGAUGUCUCUGUGGAGGUUGGCCCUGUGGAAGUUGUGGGCACGAGCAAGGGGGACGACGACGCGUCAAGCAGCCGAGACACGGACGAGGAGAUUAUGUCGCAGCUCGUUUCCGAGUCGAAUGCGGCGUCGCAGGCCGGGAGCGUACCACCAGAGGCAUCGCUCGUGGUCAUCGAGGACUCCAUGGCGACAUCUUCGUUCUCCCUGGACAAGGCUGUCCAGGCAGAGGUUGAAGAACAGGGGCGGCUCGAAGCUGGAGAAGCGAAGAACGCAGAGUCCAUCAUGGGCAUGCUCUGUGCUGGCAUGGCAGGGCUGCAGAAUGCCAGCCUGUCCCGGGACGAGUUUAACCAGAUUGAGGACAUGUUGAUGGAGAUGAAGAGGGAGCUGUUUGACGCAGAGCGCCGUGGCCGGGGUUGA